AUGGAAAAGGUCAGAACUAUCUGGACCACCUCAGAACCAGAUCAAGUAGGAGAAAAGCCUAUACGAUUCCUAGGCGUCGAGAUCUCAAAGACCUUUGAUGUCACCAAGAAUCGCGACGUUUGGUAUGUCAACCAACAGUCCUACAUCAAGGACCUUCUUGCGCAAGAUCAAGAAGCUCCAGACAGAAAGAUCCCAAUCACAAAAGAUCAGAGUCAACUUCCAGAGGAAGAAGGAAGAACACCAGAGCUGAUUCGUUCAGCUCAGAAAGCCACCGGUGAGAUGCUCUGGCUGGUGACACGCACCCGCUUGGACCUCAUGUAUGCCGUUUCAAAGAUGGGCUCUUGCGUCACGAAGGCCCCUCAGAAGGUCCUCCAGAUCUACCAGCAGAUCAAGGGGUAUCUCAAAAGCACUAUGGAUGAAGGCAUCUGCUUUGAUGCUGCUGGAGCAGAGACCUUGAUGAUUGAGGCCAUGUCAGACGCCAGUUUUGCACCUGAAGGAGAUGUCAGCCACGGAGCCUUCAUCAUCAUGGUAGCUUCUUGCCCUGUUUUUUGGCGAAGUGGUCGUCAAAGUUUUGUGACGCUCAGCACAGCAGAAGCGGAGAUGAUGGAGAUUGUGGAGAGCAUGGUGGCUGGAGAAUCAAUUGGUGCCAUAGCUGAUGAGCUGUUUGGCCCUCUGCAGCGAAAAUCUUGGACAGAUUCUCAGUCUGCCCAAUCAAUUUUGACCACUGACGGAGGAUCAUGGCGCACACGUCAUUUGCGACUGAGAGCAUCAGCUGCCAGGAGUUCAAUCUUGCAGGGCACCUGGUUUCUUCAACAUGUCGCGGGAAAUCAAAUGAUCGCUGACAUUGGCACCAAGCCAUUAGCUUCAGAAAGAAUCAGGUACUUGAAGAAGGAGAUGAACCUGGUUCAAGUACCACAACCGAAAGAGCAUGAGAAGAAAGAAGAGAAGGUUUUUGAAGAAAAAGGAGAAGGCGUAGGCAUUCAGAAAGCAGCAGCAGCAUUGAAGCUGCUCACAUUGGCUGCUGCGAUCUCAGCUGCCAAAGGAGAACAUGAAGAAACAGAAAAAGAAGAUCAGGAAAAUUCAACCCUCGAGCUCAAAGUCAUGAUGGUCGUUUUUGCGUUGAUCAUCGUGCUUCUCACGAUCGUGAGCCAGCAUUUGUGGAAGGUAGGAGUAAGGAGGCUGGAAAUGUCUUGGUCAAACCAAGCUGGAUCGUCUUCCCGAAGUCUCCCUGCAGGUGCUGCUGCUCAAAGAGAAGAAGAAAAGGAAAAUGGUGGUGAAGGGAUGGCCGCUGUGGCAGGACAACUGUCACAGCGACCCACGUACUUUGACCGGGUGGUGAAGGGAUGGCCGCUGUGGCAGAUCACACGCCGCAGCGACCCACGUACCUCCCACCAGGAGAUAGCAGAUGAAGAAACCAACCUCUACGAGGAAGCACAGAGAAAUCCAGAAAGAUUCCAGAACUAUGAGAACAGCGAGGAAAGAGCUAGAGAGUUCCACUUUGGAUUGAUCACUGGGGUGGAGAUUAUCACGUGGAUUCAAGAUGCCCACGCUGCGAUCCAGAAAAGAUGUUUCCAGCAUGCCAAGGAUGUGGUGAGAGCGCAGCUGCUUUUUCUAACUCAAGCCGAGCACAACCCCGAGAAGGAAAAGUUGCAAGGUGCGAGGGAAACGGAAACAGAGGAGACCUGCGCAAAGCAGUAA